AUGGCCCGGCCUUCCGACCAACAGGCAAAGCUGCCUGGCCUGUUUUUGCCCCUUCCCAGAGGGCAAGAACCCGAGUACAGCGACGCCGCCAAAUCGCGCAUCAAGGCCUCCGCGACGUUCUCAGGGAAGAAGGACGAGUUCCAUUCCUUCAUCCUGAGCAUAAAGAACAAAUUUGACGAAGACGUACGAACCUUCCGGACUGAGAACAGCCGGAUGGUCUGUCUGUAUAACCUGCUCGAGGGAAAAGCCCGCCGAGCACUUGAAACCCGCUUCUCCUCUGACACUCGACCCUUCUCUGGAGUGGCAGAGAUGAUCCAAGCCCUCGAGUCCGCCUAUGGCAAUCCGAAUGAGCUUUCCGAGGCUCUUGACCGCCUGCAACGCCUCCAGUUUACCGUGAAUGGGAAGACCGACAUUGUGGACUUCCUUGCGGAAUUUGACUACUUAACUGCGACCGGUCGUGUGCCCGAGGACCAGAUGAAGCAUACCUUGUGGCAGCACAUCCCGGCCAACCUAGAUAACAGCCUCUUGACCAAGACCCGUGACGAGUCCGUGACCUACGAGGUUUUCUGUGGGUUCAUUAAGGACGCUGUCCACUGCCAGAAGAGGAGUAUGAGGCAGACACAGGACUCCCGCUCUUCCGACCGAUCUCGCCGCGCGCCGACUAAGACUGCUCCGACUACCGCCAAGACUCCGAACAAGACCGGCUCGACCCCUAUCACCUCGCGUGAUGCUGGCAGAGCCUUGACCGACGAUGAGAAAAGGUCCGCCGCCCAAAGACUCGGAGCCCAGAUUAAGGAGCUCCGAGUCGGAUUCCUCCAAGACUUCCGUGGAAAGCCAGCCGGCUAUAUCCAGAAACAGCUGGUCGCCACUUUCGUCAUCGAUGGCCGUUCGUUCGCAAACGAGACAUUUGAUAUAGCUGAGUGUGGCCAUGAUAUCUUUAUCGGUCUUUUCUGGAUGCGGGAGAAGCGCCUCCUGCUUGACUGCGCCGCCCGACAGAUCAUCUGGCCAGAUGAUCUUCCUGCCCUCGCCAAGUUCUCCCCGACGAUCCAGCUCUCUCGUCAAGCCCCGCUCUCGGGUCGGAUCGACCCUAAGAUCCAGGCCGACGCUGAGAGGCGGAACCGCCUGCUCGAGAAAGAGGAGAAACGCUACCGGAUCCUCCACAAGAACUGGCGCCGCUCUGAUCAAGCUCCUCCGGCCUCUGUCCCGACCCCGUUACCGACUCCGUCUCCGUCGUUUCAGUCCAAGUCUCCGUCUGCCAAGAAGUCUGUCCGUUUUCAGCUCACGACCGCCCUGCUACCGACUUCGUCUCCGUCGCCUCGGUCCAAGCCUCCGAAGAUCAAGCCCUGA